AUGUCUGAAGAGGAAGAUACUGCAUCAAUUGCCAACAAGAACAAGAGGCAUAGAAAGGACAAGCCAAAUUGGAAGAUCGACCCCUUCCAGUCUGCGGACAACAAAGCUGGACCCUUCACAGAGGAAUCUUCCUUCGCCACAUUGUUCCCCAAGUACCGAGAAAAGUACCUGCGAGAAGCAUGGAGUGCCGUCACGCAGGCUUUGGACCCGCAUGGCAUCGCAUGCACACUGGAUCUCAUUCAUGGUUCUAUGUCCGUGAAGACAACGCGAAAAACAUACGACCCCUACAUCAUUCUCAAGGCUCGCGACAUGAUUAAACUCCUGGCCAGAGGAGUUGCCGUCGGACAGGCCAUGAAGAUCUUGAACGACGAUGUUGCUUGUGACAUCAUCAAAAUUGGGAACAUCGUGCGCAACAAGGAACGUUUCGUCAAGCGGAGACAGAGAAUUAUUGGGCCUGACGGUAGUACUCUAAAGGCCAUAGAGCUCCUCACGCAGUGCUAUGUUCUGGUGCAAGGAAGCACCGUAUCUGUAAUGGGGCCGUUCAAAGGGCUGAAGGAAGUCAGGGGGAUUGUCCUCGACUGCUUGAAGAACAUCCACCCAAUAUACCGCAUCAAGGAGCUCAUGAUCAAGCGUGAAUUGGCGAAGGAUCCACAGCUCGCCACGGAGUCCUGGGACCGGUUCCUUCCCAAGUUCCGCAAACGUCAUAUCAAAACUUCGGAGAAGACGGCUCGGAAGAACGAAAAGCUUCAAGAGAAGAACGAGGCGCGCCAGGCUGCCGGCUUGCCACUGCGGCAAGAAGCGCAGAAGGAAAAGGCAAAGAAAGUGUACACGCCGUUCCCUCCACCGCAACAACCUCGGAAGGUCGAUCUGCAACUCGAAUCCGGAGAGUACUUCCUCAAGGCGCACGAGAAGGAGGCAAGAGAGGCGAAGAAGCGGAAGGAAAAGCAAGAAGAGGUUACCGCAGAACGGCGUGCAAAACGAGCCGAAGCAUUUGUUGCACCCGAGGAGCAGGUCGCACCCACAAUUGAGGAGAAACGGAAGCGGCAGCAUAGGAAAGAGCAGGGUGACGAGGCCGGGCGGGAGAGAUCGAAAAGAAGAAGCGGCAGGCAGAGGAUGAGGACUCUUGACAACAUUGCUUUUAAUUGUUGUCACGAUGCGUCCGGUGUGUAG